GCAGAAACGGCAGGGAAGAGUGUCUUCAUCAAAUUCUAUGCCCCGUGGUGCGGCCACUGCAAGAAACUGAAACCUGAUUGGGACAAACUGAUGGAUGAAAUCAACGGCGGUCCUGGAUCUCUCGUUGCAGAUGUGGAUUGCACCGGGGAGGGCCAGUCCUUGUGCCAAAAGCAUGGAGUCGGGGGAUACCCCACACUCAAGUAUGGCGAUCCUGGCGACUUGCAGGACUAUCAAGGUGGUCGAGACUUCAAUUCCUUGAAGAAGUUUGCAGAAGAGAACCUGGGACCGACUUGCGGCCCAGCGAAUUUGGAUCUUUGCAGUGACGAGGUGAAGAAAAAGAUCGAAGGUUACAUGGUGAUGUCUCCAGAUCGGCUCGAGGGCAAGAUUCGGAAUGCAAUUCGAAUUGUGGAAGAGGAGGUGCCUUUCAUGAAGAAGGUCUCUGCUCACAUGAAAAAGGCAAAGAGUGAGCUCUAAGGUGCAGCUUAGGCUCCGGAUUGCUUGGUUUUGGCGACUUCACCUUAGACUUACAAGAAGCCAAGGGCCACUUCCAAAAUUGAGUGGCAACACUGCAAGACAGUUCAAAGCGCUGAUGUUGUUGCUUCCAACCAGCGACGCAAUUGGCUCACCUAGAGCGGAAUGCUGAGUGUUGGGAAGCAGUUUCUGUUUCUAGCUUUGGAGAAGAAACCAGUCGCGCACAAGCGACGAAAAGAACUUGGCAUUGAGAAGUAUUGAUUUCAGGACUUCUGUCGUAGUGCAUGAAGGAUCAAUAAA